GUAAAUGGUGGCGCGACUUUUGAGAGCGAAUGAACGGCUAGCGCGUUUUUAUGGCUACAGCCGGUGAGUACCGACAAUAUCAUGAAAACAAACACACGAACGUUGUAAACAUUGGGAAAGUGCAAGACACAAAUAGAUGUAGGAGAUGGUAGUGCGACGGGGCGGUGGUCGCUUUUGGCACAUUAUGCGGUGUUUUGUUAUGGAGGACGAUAAAUCUCGGCCAAUAAAACGUUUGAAAUUAAGUGACAAUCCCGAGUGGUAUGCCUCUGCCAUAUUGACUGAUGAAUACUUCAAAGAGGUUCCACGUGUUAGAGUUUACCUAAGUGAAUUGGACAAUAAGCGCCAAAUAUCAAAUGUAAUGCUGGAACUAUCUAAAAUGCUGCCUCUGGAACAAAUGAACUUGCAGCAUUUAAAACGUGUACGACAACAGGAUAUUCUUUUGUGCAAAGUUAAUGGUUUAAAUGGCCAUAGUAUAAGUCAGUACUUAGAAACAGUGGGACUUAAUCAUGAUGUGGUUAAUCUUUUGUGUAAAAACGUACGUGAAGGUGAUGUUCCUGCUUUACCGCCCUUACUCCGUUGGCAAUAUGAGCUGGCGCAAACAUAUUGGCCUUGCAAAUUUCAUCCAGACAAAUAUAUGGAAUCACUCCACAAUGGUAGUAUAUUUAAUGAGAAGGAGCGAAAAUUCCAUUCAAAAAUUAUGCAUUUCUUGGAAGCUAUUAAAAAUGAGUUGGAACUUAGCAAACCGUGUGGUAUCUGCAUUGAUCCACGAACUGGGGGAGUUGUUGCUUUGGCAAGUAGUGGAACAUCAAUUAGUCCAGUAAUGCAUUGUCCAAUGCUGCUUGUAGAUUUCGUAGCACGUACACAAGAUGGUGGCGCUUGGCGAAAAGAGGUUUCGCAUGAAUUCGAAAAUGUCGACGAAGAUAUUUACAAUGAUAUAAAAGUGAAUCCCGUCAUAAGUGGUAUUCCCAAACGGAUUUUAGAAUUCAUACGAACCGAUAAGAGAUUUAAGGAUAUACAAAUUGGUGCAGAAUUACCCAGAGCUAAAAUAAAAUGUGAUAUCAGUGAGGAAAAUAGUACUCAAAAUGUGGAUAACUUAGAAAAAUAUGGCCCAUAUUUAUGUACUGGAUAUGAUUUGUAUUUAAGCCAAGAACCGUGUCUAAUGUGUGCUAUGGCGCUUGUACACAGUCGAGUGCGCAGAGUUUAUUUCGAAAAAUGCUCUGAUAAUGGUGCAUUAGUUACACGCUUGAAGCUGCACGCAGUCAAGGAAUUAAAUCACCAUUAUGAAGUUUUUCAAUGUAAGAAGAUAGACCAAUCAAACAAUGCAAUUUAUAGUUGACGUCGUAAUAUAUUUAAGUGUUACAAUAAAAGGUUUACAAUUAAGUAGUAAACUUUAUUUGAUAACAAUUGAUUACGAAUAUAUUUGAUGCAAAUACAUUUUAUUCUUAAUUCACAUUAA